AGGAAAAACGAAACAGAAGAAUACUACAGAUGCUUCCUUGCUCCAUUGUGCUUCCUCUUCCUUGUUCGUCAAUUCCCCCAAAAUCUCCAUUGCCAUUGCCAUAGCUUGAAAUUCCAAGUGCCUGAGUUGGCCUCGAAUUCAUUUGGUUUCUGAAAUGGUUCUCGAAUUCUAGUGGGAACGAAUUGUCUUCAAGAUGAACAAUCACAACAACACUAGCAACAACAACAACAACAACAACAACGACAUCAAUAGCAGUACUCCUCCUCCUCCUCCUCCUCCUCCUCCUGCUCAAGAUCUCGGAUUGCACUUCUUGGAAAUGGCUCGAUUGGGGCUGCCUCGGGGGCUAUGCGACAUGGACGAGGACGAGGAGUGUCCCACUGAACUCAAUACCAUCAACAGUUCCGGAGGUUUCUUGUUGGUUACCACCGAUAAGCUUUCUGUGAAGUAUACGAAUGUGAAUCUUCACGGUCACGAUGUUGGGGUUGUCCAAGCCAAUAAGCCAGCUCCAAUUAAGCGACUUGUCUACUACUUCGAGAUUCAUGUAAAAGACGCUGGGGCAAAAGGCCAGAUUGCCAUUGGCUUCACCACUGAGAGCUUCAAGAUGCGAAGGCAGCCCGGGUGGGAACCUAAUAGCUGUGGAUAUCAUGGAGAUGACGGACUGCUUUAUCGUGGACUAGGUAAGAAGGAGCCUUUUGGUCCAACAUAUACUUCUGGCGAUACGGUUGGUGCUGGAAUUAAUUACACCUCACAGGAAUUCUUUUUCACAAAAAAUGGGAUAGUAGUCGGAGCAGUAGAGAAGGACAUGAAGGGUCCUUUGUUCCCUACAAUUGCUGUUCACAGCCAAAAUGAAGAGGUGCUUGUCAACUUUGGACAGAAACCAUUUGCAUUUGAUCUCAAGGUAUUUGAAGCACAAGAGAGGAUGAAGCAACAAACCACCAUUGAGAAGUUAUCUUUGCCAUCAAAUGUCAGUUAUAGAAUAGUGCGCUCAUACUUACAACAUUAUGGUUAUGAGGAUACACUCAGUGCAUUUGAUAUGGCGUGCAAAAGCACUGUUCCUCCUAUCUAUAUAGCUCAGGAAAAUGGCUUUGAUGAGCAAGAUAUCAUGUAUGAUCUAAGCCAGAGAAAGACUCUAAGACAGCUGAUCAGGAAGGGGGAGAUUGAUGUUGCACUUGGAAAGCUCAGUGAGUGGUAUCCGCAGAUUGUUCAGGAUGAAAAAUCAGCUACGUGCUUUCUCCUUCAUUGUCAAAAAUUCAUUGAGUUAGUCAGGGUUGGAGCACUAGAGGAGGCUGUUAAAUAUGGAAGGAAUCAACUGGCAAAGUUUUAUGGUCUGCCUGGGUUUCAGGAUCUAGUUCAGGACUCUGUUGCUUUGCUGGCAUAUGAACGACCACAAGAGUCCCCUGUUGGUUAUCUUCUUGAGGAUACACAGCGUGAAAUUGUAGCUGACACAGUGAAUGCCAUGGUCUUAUCAACUAAUCCGAAUGUGAAAGAUUUGCAAGGUUGCUUGCAUCCACAUCUCGAACGGUUACUCAAGCAGCUUACUGCUUGCUGUUUGGUAAGAAGGUCUUUGAAUGGGGAUCAAGGUGAAGCUUUUCAACUCCACAGAGUGCUUAACAGCAGUAAAAAGGAUAAGUGCUAGUGCCUAGGACACGACCUGUUCUAUGCCUCAUAGACCUUUUCCCCAUUAUAUUCUGUGCCUGUAAACACUCUAUUUAAUAGGGGUCCAGCAGUGUUUCAUUUCUGUAGGAAAUUGGGGUUCUCUCUGUGUGCAUGCUUGUAAUCUUGUAAAGUCAGGACUCUUCUCUGUAUGAAAUUUGUAUGAACUAUAAGCUUGAUCAGGUUUAAUGAAACUCUUAUAAUGCAUGCACAUC